AUGCCUUUUACUCGCUCUGAACAAGGUCCUGGAUGGGAUCUCUUGACCGAUGUACCUUGGGUCCACGAGGUCUGUUGCUCACUGCUGCCAUCUAAUACACUUGGUACCCAUACCACCACUACUCAGCCACCGUCCGGUUGCCCCAACAAACAGCAGCAGCCAGUGCCUGCUUCAACGCCGGUGCAAUCAUCAACGACCCCUUCAUGGAGGACUGAGUUUUGCCAGAAGGACGGAAUCAACCGUCAGUCCUCCAUAACUGCUAACUCCGGCCCUGUCACUCGGCAGUCCAGCAUAAUUCCCUUGACACAAGCCUCCACUAACCAACCCGAGCCCUCAAUAUAUCUACCUCGGGCUCCUCACCUGUUGCCUGGGCAUAGUGCAAAUCCAGACAGCCUGCAUGACCUUCUUAAUGAGGCGUACAUAGGUCCUCCUGCCGCUUGGUUAAAGCUCCAACGUCGCGGCAUCCACUUACAUGUUCAAUUCCGCGACGUACACGGUCCCUCUCCCUCGCUUUCACACUCUACUUCAGCCACGGUCUCAACUCCGCAUGUGUCCUUAGAGCAUUCCGAAUGUAAAGUGAAUCCAUCCUCGGUAUCGACCAUCGCUUCUGUCGAUGCGACUUAUAUGAGCCAACCAGAUGAAAGCCAACUAUCGGCAAAGCCUUUUUGUGACAUGACGUCCAGUUACGGCGUCAAAGGGAAGCAGAUUGGGCGUUUAUCUGAUCCGAAAGCUGGUUAUAGUGUUGGAAUAAAUGGAACUUCAUACUACCCUGCAUCUAAUCCCUCUCUUACUUCUUCCGCUUCCCUUUCAUCUCCAGCCUCUUCUCUUUACAGUCUGCUUGAUUGGCCUCCUGUAGAAUCACCUACUAGCUAUCUUGUCUGGCCAUAUACAGAUGCCUAUUUGGCUGAGGUGCACCCGGGCCUCGAUUUAAAUGCUUGGGGUGACGCAGCCAAUGAGGCUUGGUACGCUGCUUUACCUCCGCGACCUACUCCCCGUCCCUUUCCGGUUCAUCAUCCUGCUUUAAUGCCACCACCACUCCUCCACCAGCCACUUCUUUCAGCUUCGGCUCAGACUGUAUCGUGGCCGAUCACAACCACCUGUUGUCCUUCCCAUUCGUCACAACCGACACAAAUGCCACCAUCACCUGCUGUUAGUGACAGCUUCUUAGCCAGUUCUGCUGCAACCUCCCCCUCGUUACAAACCCGUUCCGUUUUGACGAAUAAUCCUAUCUCCAGCUUCAGCUCAGUUGUUUCAUCGGAAGAAGUUGAUCAUUCACGCAAACGCCAAUACUGUCAAUCCAAUCAUCCAGAUGCUAUUUCAAUGGUCGCUGUUCCGGAUAAAGACAGUAAUAUUAGCCCAACAUUUCAAAGUAUGACGGACGGGCUUGGCCCUAGUCUCAUUCGCAACGAUCAAGUUGCGGAUAACCCUGAUAUAUCUGACCCUAGGCCAUUGUCCUCUUUGUCGUUGGCUCCUUUCGAACCUGAUUCAUCUUCAAGCUCCCCUCCUAAGCGCACGCGCCGACAGAGCAAACAGCAACUCACUCUGGGAAAACCUCUAUUAGCUGGCAUCGAAACGGCCCCUGUGGCAGCCCUGGAUUCUACUCACUUUGAUUUAGAGUCAUCUGUUUGCCAAUCGAACUUCGCCUCUUGUCCACACUCUGUUCCUGUUUCCGCACAUAUUUCUUCUGAUUUCGAUCCCGACCAUCAACUUAGUUCAGAGGCCUGUUCCCUCUCAAACACUUUUUCUUCCAGGAAGCGACAUUCAUUGCAAAUUUCUAAUGCUCCCGGGCCUGUAUGUGUUGGAGGCAGCAGGGUUCCUCAUAAACGCCGCCGACUUACCUGUCUCCCCAGCUCAAUUGCUGCUAAUGUCCCUUCUGUCGCCGACUCUUCCUCGAGUCGGAUACGGAGAUUGUCAAAUCCUGCGUCUUCAGCAUCGACGUCUGUAAUUGAGGAGGAAAAUCAUUUUCCUAGUGCAGGACCUAGCACGUCGGCUGCACAUUUCAAUUCGCGCUCCCUUGGAAACUCUAUAGCUCUGACAGGAUCUACCUCAACACGCACUGAAAAGUCUAACCUGCCCGCCAGUGAUGGUGUCAAUGACCCUUAG